UUCUCAACAAUUGUGAAGAGGUCCAUAAGAAAUGGGAAAAUGGAGAACCACCACAUUAAUUGAAAUGUCCCUUAACUCAUGUCGCUCAGUUUAGAAAUAAAGCACAGUACAAAGAUUUGAAAUUAGAUGUUGAAAAAAGCAUCCCUGUGGUUGCUUACUCUGAAGUUAAUUGAUGCUUACUUUUCCAAUGAAGACCAAAGAUUCUGAUUAAAACCAGCUUAUGGAUAUUGACUAAGCCUUCUGUGGAUAUAUCAUUAGUUGUGCAAUGCUGUUGACUGAAAAGCCCUUGCAAAUCUCAGGUGUGUGGUUUUCUUUCAAGGAAAAAUGAUUGAUGGUGAUGGUGGUGUUAGUGAUGAUCUGGAUCUUCUAUUUUACAGAGUAAGCAAAGCCUUGGGAGAAGAUGACUGUCCAUGAAAAGAACUUUCCUAUGCAACUUAAAGAUUUAUAGUAUCUUUGAGAAUUUACUUCAUACUCCAAUGCAUGAAUCCAACAAGGACCCCUUUCUUGGACUGUGUAAAAAAAGCAGCAACAUGUUUAUGAGUGAAUGGGGGAGAAUGGAUAAGGCCUGAGUAAGCAAUGACUGAACUUGUUUUCAGACACCAUGGAAAUCUUACUGGCCGUGCUCAUCCACACCCAACAUUGGCUACAGAAGCAGCAAUUGCAGAUAAGUAUUCUAACCUGUAUAUGUAUGUGGGGCUGUUCCUGACCCUGCUAGCCAUCUUGCUCAUUCUUCUGUUCACGAUGCUUCUCCGCUUAAAGCAUGUUAUAUCUCCCAUCACCACAUCUCCAGAGAGAACGGAGAACAUCCAGGAGUUCACAGAUGUGGAAAUGCAUACCAGGAUUCCCAGUCCUUAAAAAAUGGGACAAAAAUAUGUUGAGAUGCAUCUUUUGGUUUACUGGAUGAAAUGUGGGAACGUUGUCCACUGUUGGCCCAGCUGAAAACGGUCCAGACAAAUAAGAUUUCAAGACAACUGAAGGCUGCAAGGAUGCAAUGGACAUGAGCAGGGCCCUGAGGGAACAGUUAUGGAGGCCUACAAUAACAUAGAUUUGUAGAUUCAGGACCAUGGAUAGCAACCAAAGAAUACUUGAUCCAGUUCUGGCCCAAAGCAAUUUAUAAAUUUUAAUAGUCUUGCUUGGAUUUAUUUUAGCAGCUCUGUCUUUUCAAGGCUUGUCUCAUAUUUCCAAAAGAUCAUCACCAUCAUCUUCAGUUGGGAGAGAGGGGCUAUAGUUUUGCAUUUGCACUAUUUAGUUAGAAGGGUAGUGACCUUGUUGAAUGAAGAUUGCUUUUCAGAAUCUUCUGGAAGCCUAGGUUGACGUAAAGUUGUCCUCCAGGGUCCCAGUGCAACAGGACUGCUUUGGGAUUCAUGGAAGAAGUCACAGGAUGUGGAGAAUCUCACC